AUGCAGAUCACCUUCUCACUUGUUUUGGCUGCAACAACCCUGUUGAAUUGCCGAAGCCUGGAGUGCUCGAAUACCUCAUCACCAGUGGCGACCGACUCUCUGAAGAAGCAUGGUGUAGUUACUGCGUCUUCGAUCUACCGAGCGAACUACCUCGCAGUGGGCCUUUUUCACGCUCUGCUCAUCAUUCUUCCACAAGCACAGCAGCAAGCACUUUGCCCGCAUAUAGAGCAUGUCCGACAUGAUCAUCUCACUCUCACAUACAGAACCUCAACUGCUCUCGCGCUCAUUUGCCUCGGUAGUUUCGUUCGUAUCUAUGCCUUCUGGCAGCUAGGCUCAUGCUUCACGUUCUCUCUCUCGAAGCCUGAUCGCCUUAUUACUACAGGUCUUUAUUCUUAUAUUCGCCACCCAGCAUACGUGGGGUUAGCCAUCCAGGCCCCUGCAGUUCUGUAUUUCUGGGCAAGAGAGGAUGGUGUUCUCGCAUGUUUUAUGCCAGGUCUUACGAAAUUGCACGUAUUGGCAGUGGUACAUUGGGUCCUCUGGGCCAUAGCUCUACCAGUGAUCGGAUGGGUGCGUAUUGAGGAAGAGGAGGCAUUGUUAGAAAGGACAUUCGGUCAGCAGUGGAAGGAGUAUCGUCAAACGACGCAUUAUUGUCCAGAGCCAAAGUCGGCUACAUUCUUUGCUAUCUACUACUACACGUUGGCUGCUAAAUCUUUGAACAUUCCUUUCCAAUAG